GAUUGAUAAAGUCGCGCCGCGCCGCCUCGCGUCGAGCGUCGAGCGUCGAGCCGUCGAGCGAGGGCGAGCCAGUCGAUCCAUUCAACAUGGUGCUGGAAAGUACGAUGAUAUGCGUCGAUAACAGCGACUACAUGAGAAAUGGGGAUUUCGUACCUACCCGGCUACAGGCGCAGCAGGAUGCCGUCAACUUGGUGUGCCACUCGAAAACUCGCUCGAAUCCCGAGAACAACGUUGGCCUCAUAACUCUGGCCAACGUGGAAGUGUUGGCGACGCUCACGAGCGAUGUCGGCAGAAUACUGUCCAAACUGCAUCAGGUUCAACCAAACGGAAAGUUGGCUCUCAUCACAGGCAUCAGAAUCGCCCAUUUAGCGUUGAAACAUCGACAAGGCAAAAAUCACAAAAUGCGUAUCGUCGCAUUUAUCGGAAGCCCAAUAGACAUCGACGAGAAGGAAUUGGUCAAGCUGGCGAAGCGACUGAAGAAGGAGAAGGUGAACGUCGAUGUCAUAAGCUUCGGCGAGGAGAGCAUCAACAACGAAGUAUUGACUGCCUUCGUUAACGCGUUGAACGGCAAGGAUGGCACCGGAAGUCAUCUCGUCACCGUUCCGCCGGGUCCGCAUUUGUCAGACGCUCUGAUCUCGUCUCCUAUAAUUCAGGGUGAGGAUGGCAUUGGGGUGGCUAGCGGCACUGUGUUCGAGUUCGGCGUCGAUCCAAAUGAAGAUCCCGAGCUCGCGUUGGCUCUGCGCGUCUCUAUGGAGGAGCAACGGCAACGUCAGGAAGACGAAGCCCGUCGCGCGCAGGCGAACGAGACUGCCACGAAUAAGCCGCCGGAGACUAUAAAGGAAGCUCCCAACGAGGAAGCUAUGCUGAAACGUGCCCUCGCGAUGUCCCUCGAAGGAGCGGACGACACGACUGCCGCUAGUGAUAACACUGCUCCAAGCAGAGGCAAUGUACCGGACUUUACUAAUAUGACAGAAGAGGAACAAAUCGCUUUCGCUAUGCAGAUGUCUAUGCAGGACCAGCAAGAACUGGAAUCGCAAAAGGAAGAAGCGAUGGACGUGGAAGAGGAUUACGCAGCUGUCAUGUCCGAUCCUGCUUUUCUGCAAUCGGUCUUGGAAAACUUGCCGGGCGUGGAUCCGCAUUCUGAAGCCGUACGCCAAGCCGUCGGAUCGUUACAACAGAACAAAGACAAAGAGAAAGAGAAGGAGAAAGACAAGGAGAAGAAAUGAAGGGCUCCCUAGUGCAUUCGUAUUUACAUUUGUCGCUAAAUUUGACAUUUUCCAUUAUUGUGUAUGAUAUUGUAGCUAUUCUAUCUUGCUUAUGAAAUAUACUCUAUCAAUUUAUCGAAACUGCCUAACUUAGUUUCAGCGAUGUCGCGUACGCGCAUUCCGAAAACCGUCUCGAAUGAGAAAACUGGCAUUUUUAGCAGCACCAUAAUCCGGCAAUCUGGAGUGAUCGAGUAAUUAACGUACUACGAUAUAUAUAUAUUGUAUUAUUUAAAUACACGUUUUUAAGAAUU